CCUUUCAGCUUGUAUUUUCCUAAUACAUUUGCGCAUGCGCUGUCCAACACAGCACAACAUGUUGACAAAUGUGAUAUUGUUGAUAACGAUGUGUUGUUCGAUACGGAGUGCCAUUGCUGUUUAUUCUCGUCUAUGUACAUUGUCUUCGCACAAUGCUGAAAUAUUUGGUAGCUCUUAUUUCAAUAUUCCUGGCCGUAUGGACAGUGCCCGAGUGGCUCACAUUCUCGAUCUAUGGCAAUGUUGUGAAUGUGCAGCAGGUCAGUAACGUGCGAGCGUCUGCACCGGUUCGCAUGCUGACCGAAGAUGAGCUGUCUUUAUACAACGGAGGAGAGAACAGUAAAGGAUUGUACCUGGCGAUCUUAGGACAGGUGUUUGACGUUGAAAAGAGGAGCAAACAUUACGGGCCUGGCGGCGGUUAUCAUUUCUUUACAGGUAAACUGACUGGCCAAUUCUACACAGAAAGCGGGCAGUCCACUGACGCUUUGCUACAUGCGGAGGCUUUCUUGACUGAGGGGUUGAAGAAAAAGGCCCAAGCUCAGAGUGAGAUGCAGCUGUACCCAGCCUGUAACUCGGGAGUGGAGCGAAGCCAGUGAGGGACGAGUAUGGUGCUCUACAAUGAGUUUUUUUUUUGGACUUUUUAAUCUACCAAUGCUUUGGACAACAUUUGCUAUAUUUCCUGGAAAAAAUGUAACACAAAUUACAUUUUUUUUGCAGUGGUGGCAUUCACAGAGACUGGAUUGGAGUACCCAGAAUGCUUUUCUCACCUGGGUCUGGCCACUCUGGGUCAGGACUGUCAGAUCCUGUUCACGCUGAGAACCGAAACCUCAGAGGGUACAAAGACUGUCCUCCUCAUGCAGAGUCCUGCCGUAUCACUAAAGACUGAGCUGCAUGUCUUCGUCACACUAUGAGUGUCACUGUAUUUCAUUUGGUUUUUAAGGACUCUUCAUCACUUUCUUCAGUGAGAUAAUGUUUAUAGAGAUGUUUUUUUUUUUGAUGGGUUUAACUUUGUUACAGGCACAUGCUACGUGAAUGCUGCUGCUUGCUAUUUAUAUAGCUAUGUUUCUAAUUUAAUUGCUUCUCUGAUUUAGAUUUCACUUCUAAUUUCAU